GUGAAACAUAAAAUAAAAAAACUUAAGGUUAUAUAUCUUUUUUCUGCAAAAAAAUAAAUUAAUUGCAAGGUUAAAUUACUGGAGUCUUUAGUUUAUGGUGGAUAGAGUUGGGUUGAAGCGUCAACUUUGUAUAGUGGUAAUUAUGUGAUGUUAUUUCCUCCAUAAUUAUAAGUAAAUGUUAAUGGCCUUGACACCCGAAGAACAGAAUAUAGACCAACCAACGGACAGUUUCCCUUUACUUGUGGAAAGUCGAGGAAACCAUGAAAAUCAGCAUGUAAUUGAUUUGGAGAGAGGAGGUGACGAUGACACUUCAUCAAAUGCGUCCAAUGAUUCUCUUCAAGUGCUGGCUCGUACCCCGCUGGCUUCCACUUCUCAACUGGUUCGCGAUUCAUCUAGUGGAUCACAUGCACUCUCGAUGAGAGGAGAUGGCCUUGGUCGUCGUCGGUGGAGCCCUUUUGACACCUUGUUAUGGAUUUCAAUAGAGCUAGUAUUUACCUUGGGGCAAAUUAUUGCUUCAGUCGUUGUUUUAUAUGUAUCACGUAAUGAAAACCCCCAGACUCCUUUAUUUGCUUGGAUUGUGGGCUAUGCAGCUGGAUGUUUCGCAAGUCUUCCAUUUUUAUUCUGGAGAUAUCUCCACCGGAAUCAGGCUACUGAGCUGGCUUCAAAUCGAGAUCAACAACCACCUUCUGAUGGUAACCAUCCGCCGGAACCAAAUUCUUAUAUAACAAUCUCGUUUGCUCGCUCUUCAGAAGAGGAAACUCGUCCUGCUGCCACAUCUCCCAACAUGUGGAAUAAUCUUAAUUUGGUUUCCAGUGCUAGGCUUGCCAUGCUUGUGGACCAUUUCAAAAUGGCUUUGGAUUGCUUCUUUGCCGUAUGGUUUGUAGUUGGAAAUGUUUGGAUAUUUGGAGGCCAUUCAUCAUCUACUGAUGCUCCCAAUUUGUACAGGCUUUGUAUAGUAUUUCUUACGUUUAGCUGUAUUGGUUAUGCGAUGCCUUUCAUUUUAUGUGGAAUGAUAUGUUGUUGCCUGCCUUGUAUCAUUUCUAUCCUUGGUGUCCAUGAGGAUAUGAAUCAAGUGAAAGGAGCGAGUGAAGAAUCUAUUAAUGCUCUGCCAACACACAAGUUCAAAGUGAAGAAGGGUAAUAGCGACACUAAAGAUAAUGAUUCAGGGGUUGAUGAAGGCGGGGUUCUAGCAACAGGGACAGACAAAGAACGGGCCAUCUCCGGUGAAGAUGCUGUUUGUUGCAUAUGCCUGGCAAAGUAUGCUGAUAAUGAUCUGUUGAGAGAGCUUCCUUGCUCGCAUUUCUUCCAUAUAGAAUGUGUAGAUAAAUGGCUGAAAAUCAAUGCAUCAUGUCCAUUAUGCAAGUUUGAAAUUGGGAGCAGUAGUGAGAUAUCAUCUACAGGAGACUCAAAUCAGCAACAAGCAUGAAACAUAUGAAGUUCAAUCUGAUUCAGCAAACCUUGGAGUUGAAGACUUUAGGAAGAUAAGAAUAUGUUGAGUUGAUUGUCAUCUACAUUUUUACCGUUUGACAAGUUGUGGAUUGUAUAGACAAAUCAAAUUCAAUGCAAUCAAAUGUGCUGUUAAUAGUGUUUGUCUAAUAAACAUACAUCCUAUUCUAUGUUGUA